UGCGUGCAAUGUCUUAUGAAUGACAGGCGCCGUUCCACGUUAUGUGACAUUGUGGCAGUGCAGGACACCUCAGCACCGACGUGACUUUCGUUAACUGUCUGGACUCAGGCUGCAGGUGUAUGGGAUGCGCUCCGGCUGUUGGUUUUACGCGGAGAGGAGCGCGCCACGCACGGUUCCUGUUUUCUGAGAGGUUACCAAACAGCCUGCACAGUCUCGUGUCGACUGCGUGGACCUGCGUUGGCUGCCAACAAGCCUGUGCGUUGAAAUUCAGCCCGAUCAGCCGAGGAGAGGACGGAUACUUCUCACACACCAAGGCAGGUCCUGGAGGAGCAUGUUUAACUGAAAACUGACUUCACAAGAAGGCCUGCUCCACCUGAAUCUGGGACUACUUCUUUACUCUCAGAGUUUACAGGUGACUUUUCAUGCGCAUGAUGUACACAAUUACAAGAGGUCCCAGCAAAUUGGUCACCCAGCGACGGACAGGGCCUACUCAGCAGCUUGACAACAAAAUAAACGACUUCAAGCACAAACAAACAUCCUGGAGUAUGCCUGACCUUCCUGCACCCAAGAUAGUUUUCAACCGUCCUAAUGGUAAGAAGUACCAUCACCCUGCUCAGGCUCUCCCUGCAGACAACCAGCUGGACGAGACCUUCACCUCCGCACACGUGGAAAACGUCAAGUUUGUCUACGAGGCCUGGCAGGAGGUGGUGCAGCACGAGCAGGGGCCCGACCAGGAGCCAGAGGAGGCCCCGGGAGCAGUCCAUUAUAAAGAGCCCAUUCCCAGCCCACACAUGGACAACUUUGUGCCCAUAGAUCUAGAUGAAUGGUGGGCCCAGCGUUUCCUGGCCAAUAUAGACAAGUUAUCCUGACACUACUGGGAUUUGUGGAUCUUGACAGACGGUCAGAAGGUGAGACCUGAAGCAGGAUGACUCACAGAGGAGAGGAAGCCUGGGCAGGAGGUGCAAUGGGUCAAAAUGGCCCGAUGUGAUUAAAAUUGACGGAUGCUGAGACGCUAACAUAGAAACGACAGACUCACUUUGCGUGAACUCUACAAUCCAUCCAGCUCUCAAAAUUCCCUCUGGGAUACACUGCACGCUGGAGGAUGACAUCUUGAAGCUGAGGUUUCUCUCAGCUUACUACCCUCACAUUAGAGAUGCGAUGUGACUUUGAAAUGCAGUAAAGUUGUAUUUUCAAGAA